AUGGGGCAAGGAGGUCAGGUAGGUUGCCUGUUCCUUCUUUUGGUUUCUAGUGAGUUGGUGUCUGUUGAUCUUUGUAGCUCUUCUAGUUCCAGAUCCUUUCUUAGAGACAGUGAUCUCCUAAGACCAGAUUAUAAAUCUUCUCCUAUCCGUUCUUCAUGGGGCCGCAGAUCUCGAGCUCAGUUUUUGCCUGUGAGGGUCCAAUGUCUAGAAACGAAGUUGGUGGCAAACAUUCAGAGAGACCUCUUUGGGAAGGGAAACUUGAUCAAUCCUUCAGACUUAACUCUUGGACCAGGUGCCUGCCAAUAUACUGCCUUCCAUGAAUCAAAUGAUACUAUUGUCUUCGAGGCAGGGCUCCAUGAGUGUGGCAGUAAGCUUCAGGUGACCACAGACUUGCUGGUUUAUGGCAUAAAUCUAUAUUAUAACCCAACUCCUGUUGACAACUCUGUUAUUCUACGAAACAGUCCAGCUGUGAUUUUAAUUGAGUGCUCUUAUCCAAGGAGGAGCAACGUGAGCAGCAAGGCUAUCCAGCCAACCUGGACUCCGUUUGGUUCUACGCCGUCCUCACAGAAAGGGCUGAAGUUCGCCUUGCGACUGAUGACUGAUGACUGGAGUACUAAGACGGCUUCUUCUAGCUAUCGACUUGGGGACGUUAUUUCUAUCCGAGAUGAUGUGAACACUGGAAGUCAUGUGGCUCUGAGACUCUUCAUUGAUAGCUGUAUGGCUACGUUGAAACCAAACCAAGAUUCAACUCCUCGUUAUGCUAUCAUUGAUUUCCAUGGGUGUCUGGUUGAUGGCCGGUCAGAAAAUGUUGGGUCAACCUUCAUCUCCCCAAGGCCCAAGCCAGAGACCCUUCGGUUUAUAGUUGAUACUUUUAAGUUUUCAAGGGAAGCCAAGGAUCAGAUCUAUAUUAUGUGCCACCUGAAGGUCACUGAAGCUGCCGAUGUGCCAGAUCCUUCAAACAAAGCUUGUUCCUUCAACACAUCAAGCCAGGAAUGGUCUCCUGUAGAGGGUACAGAGAAUAUCUGUAGCUGUUGUGAAACUGGUAGCUGCAGGAAAGGCCAUCUUCCAAAUAGACUUACCUGAAGUCACUGGAAAAGGAAUAAAUUGUAUUGGAAAGAUGUUCCUAGAAAAGAAACUGAGGCUGAUGUGGUAGUUGGACCUCUGGUCAUUUCUGAUGUGACAAUGCAUCCCAGCAGCAUUGCUAGCCAGGACAAAAUGGCUAGAACCAACUCCCAAGGUCUGGAGAAAGUACCUCAAACACUGCUACUGGCUGCUGGAUAUGUACUAUUUUUUUAUCUCUCAUACUAA